AUGGUACAAUCAAAAUCAAAUACUUCAUUAGCAAAUAGAAGACAAUCAUCAUUCUUUCAUCAAUUACCACAAGCAGAACCAGAUAUUUAUUAUAUUGGAGUUGAUGUUGGUACAGGAUCAGCAAGAGCUUGUUUAAUUGAUACAAAUGGUGUUAUUUUGGGAUUAGCUGAAAAACCAAUUACAAGACAUGAAUUAAAAGCAAAUUAUAUUACUCAAAAUUCUACCGAAAUUUGGAAUAAUAUAUGUUAUUGUGUUAAACAAUGUUUAAGAGAUUCAGGGGUGGAUGCAGCUGAUGUUUUUGGUAUUGGAUUUGAUGCUACUUGUUCAUUGGUAGCUAUAUCUGAAUCAACCGAUAAACCAGUUUCUGUAGGACCUGAUUUUCAUAAUGAAGAAGAAAAUAUUAUUUUAUGGAUGGAUCAUAGAGCCGAUAAAGAAACUAAUGAGAUUAAUGCUACAAAUGAUAAAUGUUUAAAAUAUGUUGGUGGACAAAUGUCUAUUGAAAUGGAGUUACCAAAAAUGAAAUGGUUAAAACAUCAUAAGCCAGGUGGUAUAAAAGAUUGUAAAUUUUAUGAUUUGGCUGAUUAUUUGGUUCAUAAAGCAACUGGUACAGAAACAAGAUCUUAUUGUUCUGUUGUUUGUAAACAAGGAUUCGUACCAAUUGGUGUAGAAGGUAGUGAAACUGGUUGGUCAAAUGAUUUUUUGAUGUCUAUUGAUAUGCCAGAAUUAGUUGAAGAUAAUUUUAGAAGAUUAGGUGGUAUACCAGACAAAAAUGGUAAAUAUUUAACUGCUGGUGACAUGGUAGGUAAAUUAACCGCUAAAUCAGCUGAAGAAUUAGGUUUAACAACUGAAUGUAUUGUUGGAUCACCAGUUAUUGAUGCUUAUGCUGGUUGGGUUGGAACAGUUGCUGCUAAAUGUGAUGUACCUGCUUUAGCUCAAGAAAAACAUGAUGGUACAAUUGGAGAUGCAUGUGGUAGAUUAGCUGCUGUUGCAGGUACUUCAACUUGUCAUUUAGCAAUGACUAGAGAUCCAUGUUUUGUUAAAGGUGUUUGGGGUCCAUAUAAAAAUGUUAUGGCUGAAGGUUAUUGGUUAGCUGAAGGUGGCCAAUCAAUUACUGGUCAAUUAUUAGCUCAUGUAUUAUCGAUUCAUCCAGCAAAUCAAGAAUUAUUAAAAGCUGCUGAUCAAUCAAACAUUUCUAAAUUUGAUUAUUUAAAUUCUACUUUAGAACAUAUGGUUCAUGAUAAAGGUGAAAGAUCAGUUGUUUCAUUAGCUAAACAUAUUUUUUUCUAUGGUGAUUUCCAUGGUAAUAGAUCUCCCAUAGCUGAUCCAAAUAUGAGAGCAAGUAUUAUUGGACAAUCUUUAGAUAACUCAUUACAAGAUUUAGCUCUUAAUUAUUUUGGUGCUUGUGAAUUUAUUGCUCAACAAACAAGACAAAUUAUUGAACAUAUGGAAGAUGGUGGUCAUAAGAUUGAUUGUAUUUUUAUGAGUGGUGGUCAAUGUAGAAAUGGGUUAUUAAUGAGAUUAUUAGCUGAUUGUACUGGUUUACCAAUAGUUAUCCCAAGAUAUAUUGAUGCAGCAGUUGUUUUUGGAUCAGCAUUAUUAGGAGCAGUUGCAGCUGAUGAAUCAGUUAUUGAACAUUGUAAAGAUAGACAAACUUCAAGAAGAUUAAGAAAUAGUAAAAAAUCUCAAACAAGUUUAGAUGGUUCUCAUUCUCCAUAUACUGCUCCUUCUGCAACUUCAUAUACCAAUUUAGCUGCAAUUUCAUACGGUCAUUCAAAUGCAGGAUUAGCAGCAAUGACUCCCGUUGGUGAAGAAAAUGUUGAUUAUUUCAAUCAACCAACUGCUCCACCACCAAAAGAAGAAGACGAAGAAAGUGAAGAAGAAACAUUAUCAUUUGGAUCAAAACAAGAAACUCAAAAAGGAUUAUCACAACAAUUAAAUAAAUUAGGUUUAAAACCAUUAACUAAAUCCACCACAUCACAAAAUCCAAAUAAUGCAGGAGAAUUAUUAUGGAAAAUUAUGCAAAAAAUGACAGGACCAGGAAAAGUUAUAAAUCCUGGCUCUAAAGAAGAUCCAGAUAGAAGAUUAUUAGAUGGUAAAUAUAAAAUAUUUUUAGAACAAUGUUAUAGUCAAAGAAAAUAUAGAGAUAUGGUUGAUGAAAUUGAAAAAACAAAUUUGGAAAAAGUUGGUUCUGUUUAG